AUGGAGGAGGUCGAGAAUCCACUGAAGUACGAUCGCAUUGUCCAGAACAUCGAUUUGUCUCAGUGGAACCUGCAAACCCUUGCCUAUUUAUGCACAAUCCACCGUGCUCGUGGUCCAUGCAACAAUAAAAAAGAAGUGGUCUUUGGAAACGAGCUGUUCUUGGCAUGGGAGAACGAGCCUGAUUUCCACUGGCCUUGGUGCGAAGGGUAUUCUGAAAAUUUCGUGCAUCCUCCGGCGACUGAAUCCUGGGAGGCGGCUGCCGAAAAAUUGCUACAGACUUGUGAUGGGAAUUGGAACUUGGUCGAGCAUCGCAUUCGAGCGGCUCUCGACCGAGACAUCAAGGACGAAUUUAUUGGAAACGAUCGGGAGCUAGUCGUAUAUGUUCGAGGAUUAACUCUCGGUCUGGCGGUCCAGGACCCUUUGGUGAUUUUUCCUUUGGAUGAGCCUUUGGAGGAGACUACGUUUUUUAAUUUGUAUUGGGAUUUUACUUCGGAGGUUGAGCCCCGUUUACUAUUGGACCUACGCCCUCUGGCCAGAAUAUGGGCCAUCGCGGUUGAACUCCUCGGGCACCUGUGGACCGACCUUGAAACGACAACGGUGGUAACUGAAUUAUCUGAGCGUCGCUCAGCAGCCAAGGGCCAAAAACGCGAGCGCGAUCUGGAUCCAUCAACUGAAAGGAAAUCCGCUCCCAUUGACCCUCGCUCUCCUGCGCGAGGGUUCUUUCCGGAGGCUACCCCAAAGCUAGUUCGCGACUCCGUUGCCCCUGUUCCGCCGCAACCGAGCAGCAGGCGAUCUUUUGUUUAUCAUGGACCCGUCGUGGGGGUGCUGAUACCCCCACGACCGGUGUCCAUAGGAGAGGACGCAUUGGGUUGGUCCUCCCCAUCUUCUCCGUCCGUUUCAUGA